AUCAGCCGACCACAGGCUCCCCUCAUCACUCUCGAGAUCUUCAUCAACAGCCAAAACAUCAACAUCACUAUGAGUGAUACACAUCCAAACCCCAAGGACUCGAUGAAGUCCACCUGGCGCCAGCUGGACCGCGACCAGUGGAGGUUCCCUCACUGGAUGGUCGAGAUGCUUGGCAUCCAUCACAUCAACCUGGAUCAGGACGUCCCCAUCCACUCCAAGGAGGACAAGAUGCCCUAUAUCGGCGAGUUCUCGCUGCACCGCUGGAUCCUCUGGCACUCGGUGCUCCCCCUCCUCGUCCACCAGCUGUAUGUCUCCUACACCGGCCGGCCCAUAGGCCUCAUCGCCGCCUUCUUCUUCUACAGUCUCGCCUUCAAGCUGAUCGCCAUCCACGAGCUGCACGUCCUCCGCCGCCUGGGCCACAAGGUCGGCUUCUUCGACGGCGACCAGCACGCGCGCGACGGGGUGCCCGACGUGGGGAUCGGCAAAGUCGUGCAGUCGCUCAUGUCCACCUCGACCUUCCGGCCGGUCAUGACCGUUUUCUUCAGCUACCGGCCAAGCCAGCCCCCGUCGCAGAUCAGCUGGGCCUGGCUCAUCCUGGAGAUUGGGCUGUACGGCAUCGUCCUCGACUUCUGGUUCUACUGGUACCACCGCGCCAUGCACGACUUCGAGGGUCUCUGGAAGUAUCACCGCACGCACCACCUCACCAAGCACCCGAACCCGCUGCUGUCGCUCUACGCCGACACAGAGCAGGAGAUCUUCGAUAUCGCGGGCAUCCCGCUGCUGGCGUACUUCUCGCUCAAGCUGAUGGGGCUCCCUAUGGGGUUCUACGAGUGGUGGAUCUGCCAUCAGUAUGUCAUGUUCGCCGAGUUGGCGGGACACAGCGGGCUGCGCGUCUGGACGACCCCGCCCUCGACCCUGGGCUGGCUGUUGAGGCUCACGGGGACCGAGCUGGUCAUCGAGGACCAUGAUCUCCACCACCGCAAGGGCUGGAAGCAGAGUUCGAACUACGGCAAGCAGACUCGGUUGUGGGACCGGUUAUUCGGGACCUGCCGCGAGCGGAUCGAGUGUCGGCCGGAGAAUGUGGAUUGGAAUACGGAGGUUAAGAUGCCGAUGUUCUAGGGUGGGUCUGAAUUUUUGGGAGUGGUUCGAUGGCUGCUGGUUUCGGCUGAUGUGUGCACGUUGAGGCUUGACGCUCGGUCAGUGUAUCUGGAUUCUGUGGAGCUCUGG